AAGGUAGCAAAAAUUCUGAGAAGACCGGAGCUCACCGGAGCCCUGGCAGGCUCAUCGGCGGUUGCGGACGCGGACGCACGCCGACGAAGACGUAGCAGCCCUCUGGAUUACCUGAGGCAGAAGGCCCGUGAAGCUGCCCGUGAAGCUGCCUUGGCAGACACGGGCACCAGCGCGGCAUCUAAAAUGGGUAACAAUGCCGCGACCGCCAACAAAAAGGUCGACGCUGCCGAGAGCGUCAAGGAGUUCCUCGACAAGGCGAAGAAGGAGUUCGAGGACAAGUGGAAGAAGAAUCCGACCAACACCGCCGCCUUGGACGAUUUCGAACGCAUCAAGACCCUCGGUACCGGCUCGUUCGGUCGCGUGAUGAUCGUCCAGCACAAACCUACUAAAGAGUACUACGCCAUGAAGAUCCUCGAUAAGCAGAAGGUCGUCAAGCUGAAACAGGUCGAGCAUACGCUCAACGAGAAGAGGAUACUGCAAGCUAUCAGUUUUCCGUUCCUCGUAUCGUUGCGUUUUCACUUCAAGGACAACUCUUACCUGUACAUGGUGCUGGAGUACGUGCCCGGUGGCGAGAUGUUCAGCCAUCUCCGCAAAGUCGGCCGCUUCUCCGAGCCGCACUCGCGUUUCUACGCGGCUCAGAUCGUCCUCGCGUUCGAGUACCUGCACUACCUCGACCUCAUCUAUCGGGACCUGAAACCGGAGAACCUGCUCAUCGACUCGCAGGGCUACCUCAAGGUCACCGAUUUCGGCUUCGCCAAGAGAGUGCAAGGACGAACGUGGACUCUGUGCGGCACCCCGGAGUACCUCGCGCCCGAGAUCAUUCUCAGCAAGGGUUACAACAAGGCGGUGGACUGGUGGGCACUGGGCGUGCUGGUCUACGAGAUGGCUGCUGGCUAUCCACCAUUCUUCGCUGACCAGCCGAUCCAGAUCUACGAGAAGAUCGUGAGCGGCAAGCCACGCUUCCCCUCACACUUCGGCUCCGACCUCAAGGAUCUACUGCGCAAUCUGCUGCAGGUCGACCUCACCAAGAGGUACGGCAACCUCAAGGCGGGCGUAAACGACAUCAAGGGCCACAAGUGGUUCGCCAGCACCGACUGGAUAGCCGUCUUCCAGAAGCGAAUAGAGGCGCCGUUCAUACCGCGCUGCAAGGGACCAGGCGACACCAGCAAUUUCGACGAUUAUGAGGAGGAGACUCUGAGGAUCUCGUUGACGGAAAAGUGCGCCAAGGAGUUCGCCGAGUUUUGAACGCUGCGCCAGGUCGGCAAGUUGCUCGCAACCGGAGGUGGAUACGCACGUCGUGUCCGCGCCUCAUCGUCGGGCUGACGCGGCACGGCGCUUCUUCGUCAUCGCCGUCGUCACGUUGGUGAUUCGCUUUUUUUUGCGAGAGAGAGAGAGAGAGAGAGAAAGAAAGAGCGAGCGAGAAGGAGAGUAAAAGAGCG